AUGUGCGCCGGUGGAGGUCUGAUAAUCAUCGCUGUUGGGUCAGGUAUUCUUUUCUAUGGCCCCGCCGUUGGAGGCGUUCUUGCUAUAGAAUAUGCAGGCAUAUUGGUGGCGGAGGGCUUGGGUUUCGGCGGAAUUGCCGCUGGCGGUGGACUAGCCGGCCUCGGGGCCAUCAUCAGUGGAAUGAAAAUAUACAAUGCCGACAAAUACAUCAAGGGGCUGAGCGAUCUUCACGGCCGGUCAAUUGAGAUUUACGCUUUCCUCGCUCUGGUUACCCUCCGACGUACGGGCCAACUUGAUGAUGAUGAUGAAAGAUUCGUCGAAUUUGCGUUAAACUAUGCGGGGGUAUUUGAAGGGGCUGAUGUCUUAGGUGAAUGGGGCCAGCCUGGAUACACUCGUAGCUAUGCCGACCAAACCAGCCGACAUCUCAGACAGAAGCUCGAGAAAUUUAAAAAAUUACCGGCAAUCUGA